AUGGCAACAAAAGUCAACAAGGACGGCAAGAAGCCGCCUACUGCCGCGACGAACCUGAUCGCUGGUGGUGGUGCUGGCAUGAUGGAGGCGUUGGUGUGCCAUCCUCUUGACACCAUCAAGGUGCGGAUGCAGCUCUCUAGGCGAGGCAGGCAACCGGGCAUGCCCAAACGCGGCUUCCUGCGCACCGGCGUUGAGAUCGUCAAGAAGGAGACGCCGCUCGGGCUUUACAAGGGCCUCGGCGCUGUUCUCACAGGCAUUAUCCCCAAGAUGGCCAUCCGCUUCACCUCGUUCGAGUGGUAUAAACAACUCCUGGCCAGCCGGGAAACGGGCGUCAUCUCCGGGCAGGCGCUGUUCCUGGCCGGGCUGGCGGCGGGCGUCACCGAGGCCGUUGCCGUCGUCACGCCCAUGGAAGUCAUCAAAAUCCGGCUGCAGGCGCAGUACCACAGCAUGGCGGACCCGCUCGAUGUGCCUAAGUAUCGCAACGCGGCCCACGCCCUGUACACGGUGGUCAAGGAGGAGGGGGUCGGCGCCCUGUACCGCGGCGUCUCGCUCACCGCGCUCCGCCAGGGCAGCAACCAGGCCGUCAACUUCACGGCGUAUACCUACUUCAAGGAGUGGCUGUUUAAGUGGCAGCCCGAGUACGCCGGCGGCAACUUGCCCAGUUACCAGACGACCUUGAUUGGGUUGGUCAGCGGUGCCAUGGGCCCGCUCAGCAACGCCCCGAUCGACACCAUCAAAACCCGCCUGCAAAAGAUGAAGGCUGAGGAGGGCACCACGGCGCUGCAGCGUAUCAGCAGGAUUGCUGGUGAUAUGUUUAGGCAAGAGGGUUUCCACGCCUUUUACAAGGGCAUCACGCCCAGAAUUAUGCGCGUCGCUCCGGGCCAGGCCGUCACAUUCACCGUCUAUGAAUACCUGCGAGAGAAGCUCGAGAAGAGCGGGCCGACUAUCUUGACGGGGGGAAGGUACGAGGAAUAA